GGGCUGCUGCUGCUCAGCCUGACCCACAACCGACUGGGGCUGAUCCACAGCCGGGCGUUGGUGGGGCUCGAGGCGCUGCAGGAGCUGGACCUCAGCAACAACCACUUAACCAUGCUGACCCCUGAAACCUUUCUGCCCCUCACCAGCCUGGCCAAGCUCAACCUUGGCAGCAACAGGCUGGGAGAGCUGGAGCCUGGGGUGCUGAGUGCCCUGCCCCAGCUCCGAGCCCUCCAGCUGCAGGACAACCCCUGGGCGUGCAGCUGCAGCAUCCUGCCCCUCUGGCGCUGGCUCAACCAAAACAAGGAAAAAGUGCGAGAGAAGAAUUUGCUCCUCUGCAGAGUCCCAGAGCAGCUGAACAAGUAUCCAAUCAUGGCCUUCGGGAAUGAGUCCUUCACGCAAUGUCAGGAGACCUCGCUGUCUGUCCAGCACUACAUCACCUUCUUCAUCAUUGGACCCUUCUCCUUCAUGGCCAGCAUCUUCUUCUGCACCUUCAUGGGCUCCAUCACAGUGGUUUACCACAACCUUCGCAGGGAACCCCACUUCUGGAGGAGACCCCGCAUCUGCAGGGUCCACUAA